AUGAUGAACGGAGAGGGAGGAGGAGGAGGAGGAGGAGGGGGAGCGGGAGGGAGCGGGGGUGGGGAAGGGACGGGGACGGUGAGGGUGCCGUCGUGGAGGGAGCGGGAGAACAACCGGCUGCGGGAGCGGCGGCGUCGGGCGAUCUCGUCGAAUAUCUUCGCGGGGCUGCGCGCCUACGGCAACUACACCCUCCCCAAGCACUGCGACAACAACGAGGUUCUCAAGGCCCUCUGCGACGAGGCCGGCUGGACCGUCGAGCCCGACGGCACCACCUACCGCAAGGGAUGCAAGCCUCCGGCAGGUGAUCUGAUGGGCAUUGGCGGUUCUGCCACGGCGAGCCCCGGCUCGUCGUACACGGUGAGCCCUCGAGCAUCCUAUGGCCCGAGCCCGGCCUCGUCCUCCUCCCACAUCACGCUCGGUGGCGGGAGCAGCAGCUUCUUCUUCGCCGGCCGUGGCGGCGUUGGCAGUGGAGUUGACGGCGGCAGCCUCAUCCCGUGGCUCAAGAACAAGUCCCCGGCCGGCGCCACCUCGUACCCCUGCUUCGGCGCGGGCUCCAUCAGCGCGCCGGUGACGCCACCGUCCGGCUCCCCGCCGCCCUCGCCGCGCCGCAAGAUGGCGCGCUGGGCGGACAACAACCCGGCCGCUGGCGCCGGCCUCCACGUCCAGCCGCCGUGGGCCGCCGGCGGCGCGCACGCCAGCCGCUAUGCCUCCCAGCCACCGAGCCCCGGUCGCCACCGCCGCGGCUCCGCGCACGACCACACGAGCUGGCUGGCGGGGUUCCAGGUAUACUCGGCCUCGACCAUGUCGCCGUCCUACAGCCUCGCGGCGCCGAGCCGGUUCGGCGCCUACAGGGACGCCGGCGCGGCGAGCUCCUCGAGGAUGCGUGCUCCGGGACCGGGGCCGAGCAGCGGGGCGUGGCCGCCCGUCAACGUCGCCGGCGGCGGCGCCGCGACGGCGCCUGGAGGCCGCGGCGACGUGCAGAUGGUCGACCACGCGGCGACGCGCGAGCUCGUGAUCGGGAGCGGCGGGACGCUGGUGAACGCGUGGGCAGGUGAGGUGAUCAAGGACCUACCCGACGAGGAGGCGCUGGAGCUCACCCUCGGGAGCUCCAAGACCCGCGCUGAUCGAUUUUGAGUCUUGACCCACCGUGCUGCAACAAAACCAUGCAUGGCUUCUGCUGCUGCUGCUGCUGCUGCUGAUAACGACGACGAGCUCGUGGGAGGCUGUCUUUGGAGGAGGGACUGAGCUUAGUUUAAUCUCUGGCAGACUGUCGUUAACUUUACCUUCUAUCAUCUUUUCAACUUUUUUUUAUUGUUCUCUUCUUCUUUUUUCUUAAAAAAAAUUGAAAGGAAAUCAGACAUGUCAAGGGAAAUGGAUGUGUUCAUGUUAAUCAUGUAUUGUCAGACAGUUGGAUCAAAACCAAUGGAAA